GGGAAGGCGGGAGGGCGCGCGCCGGGGCCGCCUGCUCGUUCACUCGCUCGCUCGCUCCCUCCCUCCGCCGGUGGGUUAGUCAGUCAGUCAGUCCGCCAGCAGCCGGCGGGCCCGCGAGCCGCAGAGGGCCCGAGUCUCGGCGCCGGCGCCUUCUCCUGCUAUUGUUCGUCGGGCGGCUGCAGCGGCGGGCUCGGGAGCCCGGGCCCCCGGGCCACCGCAACAUUAUGACAACAGAGAAGAGUUUAGUGGCUGAGGCUGAAAAUUCACAGCACCAACAACAGAAGGAAGAAGGUGAGGGAGCCACAAAUUCCGGCCAACAAGAAACUCAGCUGGAGGAGCCUUCUCAAGAGGCAGCUGAAGGAGAUAAUCAGUGUGAACAGAAGCUGAAAACAUCUAAUGGAGAUACUCCUACACAUGAAGACUUAACCAAGAACAAGGAACGGACAUCAGAAAACAGGGGCUUAUCACGGCUGUUCUCCUCGUUUCUCAAAAGGCCUAAGUCUCAGGUGUCUGAGGAAGAAGGCAAAGAAGUAGAGUCAGCUAAAGAGAAAUGUGAAGGAGGUCAGAAAGAGAUAGAAUUUGGAACCGGCCUUGAUGAAGAGAUCAUUUUAAAGGCCCCAAUUGCAGCUCCUGAACCUGAACUCAAAACAGACCCAUCCUUGGAUCUUCAUUCAUUAAGCAGUGCAGAAACACAGCCUGCCCAGGAAGAACACAGAGAAGACCCAGAUUUUGAAACUAAAGAAGGAGGAGGACUUGAAGAGUGCUGUAAAAUAGAAGUGAAAGAAGAAAGUCCUGAAUCAAAAGCAGAAAGAGAAUUAAAAACUUCCCAGAAAUCAAUCAGAAGACACAGAAACAUGCAUUGCAAGGUUUCUUUGUUGGAUGACACAGUUUACGAAUGUGUUGUGGAGAAACAUGCUAAGGGACAGGAUUUGCUUAAACGAGUGUGUGAGCACCUCAAUCUUUUGGAAGAGGACUACUUUGGACUAGCCGUUUGGGAUAAUGCAACCUCUAAGACAUGGCUGGAUUCUGCCAAAGAAAUAAAAAAGCAGGUUCGUGGUGUCCCCUGGAAUUUCACCUUUAAUGUCAAGUUUUAUCCACCUGACCCAGCACAGUUAACAGAAGAUAUAACAAGGUAUUAUUUAUGCCUCCAGCUUCGACAGGACAUAGUUGCAGGACGUCUGCCCUGUUCCUUUGCAACCUUAGCGUUAUUAGGUUCUUAUACCAUCCAGUCUGAGCUGGGAGACUAUGACCCAGAACUUCAUGGUGCGGAUUAUGUUAGUGAUUUUAAACUGGCCCCAAAUCAGACCAAGGAACUUGAAGAGAAGGUCAUGGAACUGCAUAAGUCAUACAGGUCCAUGACUCCAGCUCAAGCUGACCUGGAAUUUCUUGAGAAUGCCAAAAAGUUGUCUAUGUAUGGUGUUGACCUUCAUAAAGCAAAGGACUUGGAGGGAGUGGAUAUCAUCCUAGGUGUCUGCUCUAGUGGCCUUCUGGUUUAUAAAGAUAAGCUGAGAAUUAACCGCUUUCCUUGGCCCAAAGUGCUGAAGAUUUCUUACAAACGUAGCAGCUUUUUCAUCAAGAUUCGACCUGGAGAGCAAGAGCAAUAUGAAAGUACCAUUGGAUUCAAGCUUCCCAGUUACCGAGCAGCUAAGAAAUUAUGGAAAGUCUGUGUAGAGCAUCACACAUUUUUCAGACUGACAUCUACAGACACCAUUCCUAAAAGCAAAUUUCUUGCCCUGGGAUCCAAAUUUCGAUACAGUGGCCGGACUCAGGCUCAGACCAGGCAAGCUAGUGCUCUGAUUGACAGGCCUGCUCCACACUUUGAGCGUACAGCAAGCAAACGGGCAUCCCGGAGCCUUGAUGGAGCAGCGGCUGUUGAUUCAGACAGAAGUCCUCGGCCCACUUCUGCACCAGCCAUUGCUCAGAGUCAGGUCACAGAAGGCAGUGUUCCAGAUGCAUCUGUCAAAAAAACAGUGGUCUCUAAAGCACAGAAGGAAACAGUGAAGUUCGAAGUGAAAAAGGAAGAAGAGCCACCGGAGCAAGCUGAGCCAGAGCCCACAGAAGUGUGGAAGGUGGAAAAAACCCACAUCGAGGUCACAGUACCUACCUCAAAUGGUGACCAAACACAGAAGCUUGCAGAAAAAACGGAAGAUCUGAUAAGAAUGAGGAAGAAAAAGAGAGAGAGACUAGAUGGUGAAAACAUUUAUAUCAGACAUAGCAAUUUAAUGUUGGAGGAUUUAGACAAAAGUCAAGAAGAGAUAAAAAAACAUCAUGCCAGCAUCAGUGAGCUGAAAAAGAACUUUAUGGAAUCUGUACCAGAACCACGGCCUAGUGAAUGGGAUAAACGCUUAUCCACUCACUCCCCAUUCCGAACACUUAACAUCAAUGGGCAGCUUCCCACAGGAGAAGGAGUGAAGAAAAUCUCUGUCCUUCCCUCGGAAAGAAAGGUUGGUGGGCCAGAGUCCCCCAGCUACUUUCUCCCUGAUACAUAUCACUUAGGGGUGUGCAAAGAACCUGUGUCGAAAUUCCAAACUGACCAGAGAAGGCUGGCCCAACUGAGAGAGCUUAGAGCCAAGUUUUUUCUUUCAUAGAUAAUAUCUGUCUUGAGUAGAUGGCAGAGCACAGAAAUUGUGGUGCGGGGGGGGGGGGGGGGGGGGAGAAAACUUCUUAAUUGGACAGUUGGAAAAGACAACUUACCUUAAAAGUGUCAAAAGUACUUGCUUAAUGUGAUAUAUAAACCUUCACGAUGAUUGUAAUCACUGUUAUUUUUAAUCAUGAUUCUGCAAGAGGGGGAGGGAGUUUACAGUUGUUGAGAUUUGUGGGGGGGGGGGUUUAUUUGUUUUUGGUAGACCUUGGAGGCACAUAUAAACUUUUAUACUUUUGUUUUUCUUUUGCAAUCUUUAAAAUGUAUGGGAUUAAGAUUUUUAUUGCUUUGAGCAAAAGCUAAUCGCCACGCUGAAUGAACUGUUAGAGCUUUUUAAGUCUGUGUGAAGAGGUAUGAGGAUAACUUUUUAUAUUCUGCCAUUCUAUUUGUAAUAAAAGUAACUUUUCUGAUGGCGAAAAGAAUGCUUCAUUAUUGGCUUUGCCCAAUUGAUCUAAGAAAAACUGGCAGCACUAAAACAAUGCAAAAUGACCCAAAAUUCCUAUGAGUAUCCUUGAAGCCUCACGGAACAAAUACUAUAACUAAAUAAGUCAAGUAAUUCCUUGAACUUUCAGGACUUCUAAUGUGCAUUCAUUCAAAAAAUUAUCUAUGGAGUACUCUCCUGUGUUAUGGAAACUUUGCUGGGAUAAACUGCCCAAGUAAAGUGAAAUAAAGAGUGUCCAUAAGAUUUUCCCAAAUCCUUUGCACAUCCCCAAGUAUCAUUUUUGAGCAUUUUUCCAUCUGUCAUUUUGUUCAUCUUUCUCUGUCUUUCUUGAUCUUCUACCGUGAAAGCAGACACAGGAACGUGCUCUGUUAGUGCAGGAUGAAGAGAAAAUUAAAAGGCAAGAGAGAUCUACUGAGAGAGCCUUGCCCCAGCAAGAAAAUGAAGAAAUUCUUCCCAAGGUUUCUAUUCCAAUCCCUGAGGAUCACAAGCCUCUCAAAAAGUGCCGCCUCUACUCUAGUGCUUUCCCAUCACCUCGUAUUCCUUUCAUGAUGUCUUUUCUCGUGAUUCUUGCGUUGGCUGUUUGGUGGUUGGUCUUUCUGUGAUCGGAAGACAGGGUGCUCAUCUGAAAUGUCAAGACUAAAACCAUUGAACUUUUGUUGUUUGCUUCUACUGUGUUGUCUCCUGUAUGAUGCCCUCUGAUCUUGAUAGUUCACUGUCCUAGGGGAGCUCUUUGUGAUCAUUUUUCUGUCAAUAAAAUGUUACUCUUUGUAGAAUAUGUAUUGUGGGGCACAAAGGAGUAGCAAUGGAUUGCCCAAGCCAGCUUUCCUCACUGAUAUUUAACAAGUUUAGACAAAUCAGAUUUAAGCAUAUGACAGUUGGUACUUUCCCCCAAAGCUUUAACUCUUAUCCUGCAUGUUCUUACUGUUUACUGUUGCUGUCCUCCUCUUCAGUGUUUCACGCAAAGCAGGAUACUCUGUAGAAACAUUGGAUGGACUAUUUCCUAAUCUUCUAUAGUCAUUUAUGUGGCAUGGCCUCUGUAGUUUAAGGAAAAAAUUCAACUUGCUAAUUUUUCAAAAGCCUUAAAAUGAUACAUUUUAACCUAUGAAUCCAUAACCACUCCUUUUCUUGAGAUAUCAAACCAGUAUAUACAAAGGCCCUUUUUGGAAAAGGGCUUUUGACUUCUGUGGCCUUCUUAUGUGUAUUUCUGAGAUGUACAGAGAAAAACAACUCUAUCCUGCCUGGUGUAUACAAGGUAUCUGCAAAGGUUAAACGCCAGCUUUUCACAAGUAGAAUGUUGAUGGUUUAAGGAAAAUGGUGCUGGUGCCCCUUAGCCUCCAGCCAGGGCUGAAUUUCCAGACCACUCUACCCAUCUUUAAAAGUCCUGGGAUACAGAUUUAUUCAAGAUCUGUACAUAAAUAUACCUUUCUCUGAAUUAAAAUGUUGUGUGACUUCUUUACAACUUAAGUAAUUAUAUUGCUAGAAGCAAUACUUAGCCAUUAUAGUAAGUUUAAAAUAUAUAUUGAUAUAUUCCGUUUUCCUGAUAGACCUCAGACCUGUUUAUUCCUACAUUUGUGUUGAAAUCAACUGUUUUUAAUUGAUGGCCUUGUGAGCUAAAAUUCUAUCGUGACAAGUAUGUGUCCUCUGUUUGCAUGUUGAUCUUCAAGGCUUCCCUGAAGUAAAUAUGAGUGUGCUCUGUCUUCACAACAUAGCUCGGAUACCUAACCUGUUAUUUUUUGCCUCCGUAUUAAUGAUAUCUUCUUGCAUGUAGCUUACUUUUUAUGGCACUUGAAUGUACCGAUAUGGAUAAUUUGAUUCAUGUUGUCACAAAUCUUUGUUUUGAAAUCUGAGUUCAUGAGGUUAUCAAACUGAGAUUUUUGCACUUUGUUUAUACUUCUCAACACUUUUUAAUUGAUGAAACUUCUAAACAAGACUUUCUGUUUUUAAGAUGAUGGCUUCUUAGAGCAAAAAAAGAGAGAACACUAAUGCCAAGAAUCUUUUGUCCUUCAACACCCACCACUAUUCUAUUUUCUCUGGAGACAUGUAGAAAUAAUUCUCUGGUAUUUUCCUAAAAACUGCCACUCUAUCGUUACAGGCUUUCCCCCAAAAAUGGGAAAAGAAGUAAGGAGCAGGUUAAAUUUUAAAAUGUGUUAUGGGUGUGUAUCUUUCAUGUCACAGGCUAUGUCUGUUUAUAACAAAUAUUUUGGAACUAAGCAUAUUUCUUGAUUCACUCAUAAGAAAAGAGAGACUUCAAAUCAGCCUGACACAUUGCACAACUAUCCUCGAACACAGAAAGUGAUAAUCAUAAGUACUCCCCUUUAUCUGUGAAAUAGAAAUAUAAGAGCUUUCCUAAUGAAAUAACAAAACUAUAACAUUGGGUAGAGUCUUUUAAAAUUUUUUCGAGGAACUGAAAAGGAAAUAAUCAGGAUUUUAUUGAUACUUUUAUAACUGUUUAAGAUUAUAUUUCCAGUUUUCAUCCUGGUACACAGUUUUUUAUUAAUUAUUAUUGUACACUUCACCUUGGAUUUUCUUUCCCUUUGUUUUAGAGCUGUUCCAAAUCCAUUCAAAGUCCAGUGUAAGCCAAUAGUAUUUUUCAGUUUUCUGAAGUGCAGCGGGAAUCCUCAGAGAUUCUUACUGAUAGAUAAAAGAGAGGCCCUUUCUUUUAAUAGGAUAAGAAUGGUUGGGAGGAGAAGGGCCAAGCCUUUGUAUUAGAUUAAGCUGGUCAGUGCAGGUUCAAAAGAUGUAUCGAUCACAGUUAUCAAAGGAAAAAUAGUAGACAUUACAGCUUUGUGUUAACUAACAUUAAUACUGUUGAAAUUUGUAACAAAGCUGUGUAAGACUAGUCUUUCUUUCCUUCUCACAUCUCAUUCCAUUCUCAAUACCAGAGACGGAUACAAGUAACUGUGUAUUGGUUUUAUCCUGGGUCAGCUUCUUAAUGGCUGGUUGAUAAAUGAAAAACAAUUCUGGGCGGGGGGGGGGGGGGGACGCCUGGGUGGCUGAGUCAGUUAAGCCUCCAACUCUUGAUUUCGGCUCAGGUCAUAAUCUCACAGUUCGUGAGAUCAAGCCCUGUGUCGGGCUCUGCGCUGACAGCGCGGAGUCUGCUUGAGAUUCUCUCUCCCUCUCUCUCUCUGCCCCUUCCCUGCUCACUCAUGCAUGCUCUCUUUCUUUCUCAAAAAUAAAUAAAUAAACUUAAAAAAAAAAACCCCAACAAACAAUUUGGACUAAAGGCAUCAAUGCAGACCAGUAAAAAAAUCUUCAUUGUUUUUUGCUUUUUGUUUUGUUGUUUUUGUUUUUGUUUUUGUUUUUUGCCUUGGUUUUGCUUUUAAUCAUUUCUCGGGUGACUCUGAGAAGUUCACUUAACUACUUGGUGCCCAGAUUUCCACCUUGUAACAUAGAGACAAACCUACCUCAUGAGAAUGAAUCUGUAAUAUGUUCCAGGAACCAAAAGCUCUGGUUAUUGUUCAUUUCUUGAUCUUUUGUGGAUUGGCAAGAUAGAAACUUAAAAACAAACAGACAUUAACUUUUUGGAAUUUUUCAUAUGAAAGCAAGCAGCUAAAUAGCUGUGUUGAUUUCCAUCUACUUUCUACUGAUAUUUGACCAAGCAUUAAAACUAUUAAGGGUAAAAAUGUCUUUUCAAAUUCAUCAUACUCUUAAGCAAUUCAUCUUAUUAUGGUAUUCUUACAGUGGACCAAACUGGAAAAUAAACCCUGCAUCAAUCUUUUGGACCUAUCUUUUAGCCAUUUUCUUGUGCUAACACUUAGAAUACAAAGGAGAUUCAGUUUGCAUGGGUCAAUUUUACAGCAUGUUUACAUCUUUGGUAAAAGUUUUGAAGGGAGAAGAUAUUGACUCUGUUGGCUAAUAUUAGACUAGGGAUCUUCUGUGGAUUAGAUUUCCAUUUGUCAUCCUAGAUCCUAGUAUAUUUCUUUCUAGGCGUUUGAGGUCUGGUUAUUUUUUUAGAUGGCAUUACCGAGCAAAAUUUACAUGUGGGCUUUACCUAGUGAUCACGUAUUUACAAAAGGAAGACAGAAAAUUCAAAAAUAAUUAGACACUUUCUCAUUGUUGCUGUGUUUUUGUUUUGUUUUUUGGCCAAGAGUAUUGAGUAUUGUAAAGAUAUAUAGAGGGGCGCCUGGGUGGCUCAGUCAGUUAAGCGUCUGACUUCAGCUCAGGUCAUGAUCUCACAGUUCGUGAGUUCGAGCCCCGCGUCGGGCUCUGUGCUGACAGCUCAGAGCCUGGAGCCUGCUUUGGAUUCUGUGUCUCCCUUUCUCUGCCCCACCCCUGCUUGUGCUCUGUCUCUGUCUCUCAAAAAUGAAUAAACAUUAAAAACUUUUUUUUGAAAAAAGAUACGUAGAACUUCUCUACAGUUUCCCUGUAUUCUUCAUAGAAAUUAUAAAAUCCAAACUUCUUUACAGCAUUCUCUACCACACUGAGGAAGAAAUCUUGCUUGUUUUCAUUGCACUCAAACUAACCUUGUUGUUUGUAACUUUGGUACUAGAAAUGGAAACGAGUUCUUAUUCUCUAUUAUGCAUGGCACAUGGGAUAACCGUAUCUGCCUCCUGUACAUUGUAGUGGAUAGUGGAUCAGUGAGUCUGCUCUCGUUUCUUGUUUCUGUUACCCCUCAUGCCUUAGGAUAUCCUUCUUUACUGCAGCAGAGCAUGAUACAAACAAACAUUGGUGUGGACCUGGGAUGGGGCACUGGAAACGGUUAAGAAGGUAUGGCUGUUAGAGCAAGGAAGCCACAUAAGGUUAGUCCAAAAGGGGAGCAGGGGUGGCUAUGAUCAACAAUUACAAAUUCAUGGAGGAUUUCACUUCAUAAAUGAAAUUCUUAUCAUACUAGAACUUGAAAGACAAAAAGAAGAGAAAGUCAUUUAUUACUCCCACAGAUCAGAAAUACAAGCUAAAAGCUAAAUAACUUUAAACAUAGCCUAACUAAAUGUAUGGGUGACAGAUCGUUGAGGAAGUGUAUGCUUUAGGAACGUUUUUCUAAUCUUUUGUGAUUGAUAUCCUAGAGCAUAGCCUUCCCCUUUAUCAUAGUCAGAAUCCUAUUUGCAGUAAUUAGAAUAAAUCUAACAUGCCAAAGAUUAAAGGGCAGGAGAAAAGCAUGAGUCCCAACCAUCUCUCAGGUCCCCCCCCCCCACCCACACAAGUUAUUAAAGGGUGCAGUUGAGUCUCUCAUUUUCUCCUCUACUGUCUCUUAAAGAAGAGUCUCCAUAUGUACAGGAUCCUAUCUCAGUAAAACACAGAGAAUAAGAAUUAAGGGGAAAACAUGGUUACUGCUAUCCAUUUAUUCCUUGCACACUAGGACAAUGUAUGGCACAGAUGCAAAGAGGCAGAGUUAUCAGAAUUUUGGGGUUGGAUAAGCCCCUAAUGCAACUCCUCUCCACCCCAAUGCUUGACUCUUCUGUACAAUAUCACUUAGGGAUUUAAAGACCCUUUAUAGGCCAAGUGGUCACUAGCCUGUCAUUCAGUGUCUCCUAAGACAUAGCAUACUACAUCUUUGGACCUAAUCUGAUUUUUGCAUAUAAGUCAUUCUUAUAUUAACUCAAAAUCCAUUUCCCUAUAGCUUUCAUUUCUUGGCCCUGAAUGGAGGCAUCCUGAAGAAUUUUCCAUCUUCCACAUUAUAAGCUCUUCACAUAGUUAAGACUCUCAUGUAGGAGAUUAAUCAUAGUUCUUACCCUCAGAUAACUUACCAUCUGAUAUCCAGAUCUGCCCCAGUAUCCCUCCUAACAUUUAUCCUCCUUUAUCCUUUCUUGUUCUAGCUGCCCUUGUUUUAUCAGCUCUUUUUGCUUUCUGGUCCGUUGCCCAUAGGUUACUCCCCUGUGGUUUAUUCAUCUUAGGUUCUUACCCGUUGACUUGCCAUCUCUCUUAAAAAGAACAUUUUGAAAUUUCCUAGAAAUCCCAGCUUCACAGAUGAUACAGGCACGUGGGAUUAAAAAAAAUUUUUUUAGAUAAAAGAGUGAGGGUAUGAUAGUUUUGUAGCUUUGGAAACGUCUUGUAGCCCAGUCUCUACUGACAAGACAGAAUCACUAUUCUGUUUCGAAGAAGCAUACCGCCUACAUCGUAAGUUUGUUUGCCUUCUCUGACAGCCUGACUAAUCUUUACAUACUUCAGCACCCCCAUGUGUUUUGAUUUAUACCAAUGUGACAUAAUAAACUUAUGGAAACUUACUUUCUGUUUAGCAUUCUGAUCAUGGCUUAGAUCCCCACCAGAAAAGGUGGUAUGAAAAAUUUGAAAUUUUGUUAAUCCAUCUCUUUUAGCUUGUCCCUGUCCCCUUAAAACUGUGAGAUUCUCAAAGGUGAGAGGCCUUGUUUUAUUCAUCUUUGCUUGCCAAUCUACCACCUUUGUAUCUCAAGAUACAUAGCAAAUAAUUAAAAUUUAUUAAAUUGAAUUAAAUGAUUAGUCACAAAUGUAAUGGAUAAGCUUUAACUUUUCAUUUAGAAUUUCUUAUAUUGGGACACAAAUUUGUGCCAAAUUAAUCACCGUAUUCCUAAUUAGUAUAUGCAGGUAGCCCCCCCAAAAACCAUAUUUGGUCCAAAAUCCACUAUCUCUCUUAUUAAUCCUAUAGUGUGGUCUGUGGUUUGUGCAAAGAAUCUACAUUUACCUCUAUCGUAGGUAUCAGUCUCUCUUGUUAAUGUCUUGUAACUUGGUUCAAUUAAAAGCUCUUAUCCAUUUACCAAAGGUAAUAAAUUUUCCCUAUAGAAGGUAUCAUUGAGACUGGGUGCUUGUUUGUAUGUAUAAAUUCAUCUUGGAGUGUGAUACCAUAAAGGGAACCUGUUGACAAUUUGUGUUUAUCUAAAAUGCCUUGCAGAGAACAAUUUGACACAUUUUUCUUGUGUUUUCCAUGGUAUAAAAACACCGAAUGUAUCAAACUCUUGUGAUCUCAAGGGUUUUUUAUAUCAGGUAGACCAGGAGUUGACAAACUUUUUCUAUAAAGGUCAGAUAAUAAAUAUUUUAGGCUUUGUAGGCCAUAUCGUCACUGUCAUAACUACUCACCUUUGCCAUUGUACAGUGAAAGCAGCAUAAACAAUAAAUAAAUGAACAUAGAUGUGUUCCAAUCAGACUUUACAUAUGGACACUGAAAUUUGAAUUUCAUAUGAUUUUUAUGUGUCACUAAGUAUCAUUCUAUGUUUUCCAAGCCAUUUAAAAAUAUAAAACCAUUCUUUGCUCAUAACAAUAUAAAAACAAGGAGAGGGCUGGAUUUGGACUGUUGGGUGUAGUUUGCUGACCCCUGAUAUUGGUCUAGAGAACCAGAGAACUGAUUAAUUUAUUCUUUCUGCCUUUGUACUGUUUGAAGAGCUGUAGAUGCGAUCUUAGUGUCUUCAUUCAGUAUUGAAAUACUUUUGGUCUUUUUUGUGACUGGAAAUGGAAAACAAAAGGCAAGGCAUCUGUUCCUAUUUAUUGGAUAGUCGGGAUGCACCAGAACUGUAAUCAAACAUAUCUGUAACCCCCACAACACCUCUGCCUUUCUCAGUUUUCCAGAUUGUUCAAUGUUAAGUGUGCUCCUAAUAUAUUUAGUGAUGAAUCCAGCUAACCCCUUUGUUUGGUUUGGUUUUUAAGGGUCUGCCUUCAUUUUCCCCUAAGAAAUAAAGAAACAAUUCCCAAAUUCAUCCUUUCUUUAGACAGGUUUUAGAGAUAUCUAACAAACAUGGUAAAGAAAGUGAAAUGAUUUUUCACUCUGGAGUUUUGGUACGCCUUAGUGUUUCAAGCGGUGGUAUAAAUUUAACUUUGGGAAUUUAAGGAAAACGUUUUAGAAGGGUUCCUCUUUCUAAAUAAAGAGAUUUCUCUAAGAGGAAUCCCCCAAUUCAGGAUCUAUUUGGGCAGUAUUUACCAGUAAAUGAGAAUAAAAUUAAUUUAUAUUCUUUCGGAAAUGUCUUUGCUUCCUAGUUGACAUGGACAUGGCUUGUGUCAAAGAUUCCUUGAUCUGUGGUUAGCUUUGGGAGGUGCUUUCUAAUAAAUCGGUGCACUUAUGUUCCCUUCAGUUCCCUGGUCCAGGAUGCAUUAGCUGUGAUACUAGGCUAAAUAGUCUAUCCAUUAGCAGUUCAGCAGGAUAUUUAAGCCUAAAUAAAUCUGCUAAGAACUUCUCUUUUGGAACGUUUUCUUUGAUAUUUUUCUCACGUUAUUUGCUCUUAGUAUGUAAAUUUAUCAUGAAUAAAUCUUAUUGAAAAUCUGAUUCUGGUUGAUAGUAGUCAUUAAGGAAAUAGGAGCCAACAAGGCAGUACAUAGUCCCACUACCAAAAAAAAAAAGAAAAAAAAAAAAAAGAAAAGGAAAAGGAACCUCUGUUUUAGGGGAUCUGCAAGAAAUACUGUCAGCCAGUCUUUCUAGAGAAGUUCCCUUGUUUUUCUGUAUUUUCACUCUUCUCUGUGUCCCAGGAAUUGUAUUUUGCUCAGUCCUAAAGCAGAGAUAACCUUGGCAUGUGUUCAGUUCUCAGAAUAUUAAUGUUUUAAACCAGCUUGGAACUCGUUUGACUUAUUUAUACCAAGUUUUAAAAAUAACUUUUUUUAACCGUCUUAAUCAGUCACUACAACACAUGUAAUUGUCGCAUCUGUUAGAAGCAUUUUUAAUAUGCUGAGUUUGUCUUUUGUUUUUUCAAAAAGCACUCUACAAAUUAGUGGUUAUUAACCAUCCAGUACUGCCACUGUGAUCCUAGUGAAGGGCGGAGAAUGGAGUGGGAAUGGAUAUGUGGGUGUGCAGAGAGCUUGCUCCUGUGAUGUGGAAUUAACAGAAGGUAUACAGCUUUGUCUUUCACUUCACCUUGGGUAAACCUUAUCUCUUAUGUUACUCUCAGUCCUAGAUUCUACUGUAUUAUCCAGGUAAUUACUGAAAACCAACACUCCACAUUUUGAAGUGGUCUGUUUACCAGCUUGAAGUAUGUGCUUGUGGCCAUGUUUGAGUAGUAUAAAAAUUUCGAAGUGUUUCUUCAAAGCCAUGUUCUUUUUAGGAAUUUGUUGAAAAUGUUAACAUGGAAAGUCAUUUUCAUUAUUAUAGGAUUUUUCAGGGAGAGAAAGCACAGCUAGUUAAUAUCUAAUUAGAGUUUUCUGUUGUACUUAGUUCUGUGGAAUCAAGAUGCUGUUUUCUAGAUGUUAAAUUGGAGCAUAAUGUGUUUAAGUGUUUAUCAUGCCUUUAAUAAUUUUUGGAAUUGGGACUUCUGAGAAAUCCUGCCAAAUAUAUUUAAUUGUGUUCCAUACUAAAUGAUCAGAGUUUUUGUACUGGUUAUAACUUCUUCCUCUUCAUCUCCAUUUCUCUAUCUCAGCCCUUCUUAGUAUAAUGAAAGAAAAUUGACCAACCAAAGGCUUCUGGUCUCCUAGACAUGUUUAGUAUAAUUUUUAAUACUUGCUGAAAACUUUGACUUCUAUAGCUCUAUUCAGGUUUGAGAACACUCAUUUGAUCUGUGGAGUCCUUGCUGGUGAGUGCAGUGUUAAGGCAAAAUUUUCUAUUACCUAAUAGUUAAAAUUUUGCAUCAGGCAUUGAUUUUGAAGCUGUUUGCUUUUACAGUCACCUUUUCUGGGGAUAAUCUAAUAACAGCACUAUUAAGGAAAUAAUAAAAACUAUGUUUGAAGGAUCAUUGUUAUUGGCAAUUUCAUUUGCUGGCAUUUGUGAGAGGCUGCGUUACGGAGUGAUUUUCUCAUAAUAAGCAGUUUUACCAACUGUAAUUUAAUAAAGGCCAACUUCUCCUAAGUAAGCUCCUUUAUCCAGAUAUAAUCUUUAUAUGCCAGAGAAUAGCAAUGGACCAUGAAAAUGACUCAAAUUUUGUGGAGAAGCUAGUGAGCACUACAAGGAUGUAUUUCUAGCUAGGGACCAAUAGCAUACAAACCUUAUUUAAAAAAAAAAAAAAAAGUGGGGGUGGAUAUAGCCAAGAGAGAAAAUUUAGAAUGAAGAGAAAUGUAUUGCAAGAUAAAGAAUGGCACACUAGGGAGGAAAGAUAGAAUUUUUAAAUCAUCUUUUGCUAGCCACAUGGUUACUCUGUUGUUAGUUUAUCCCCAUCCUGAGUGUUUGUGAUUCUAAUGUCCUUUUUCAAACUAUCAGUUGGCCUGAAUUUUCCACUGAAAAUGUACCAAAACUAUUAUUUAUGAGGCUUUUUGGGGGUUGGGGAGGCAGCAGAUGAUUUUCUUUUUGGUGAAUUUUGUUCUUUCUUCGUUUGUUUCCUUUUUUGGCUGAAGAAUGGGCUAUUGCUGCUUGACUUGUCAUCUUUAUGUGCUGUUUACACAUGGCUUUUACAAAAGAAGCUAUUACCACAUCUGAUUUAUCUCUUAUUGCAAGUGCCCAUAUAAAAGCAUUUGUUUUAACAAAUUUUUUUAAUCACCAGGUUGAUGUUCCAAGUGAUUAUUAUACAACCAUAGGAAAGACUGAUAUUAUUAAUUUUCAAAAAAGAAAUAAGAUUACAAAUAUUGAUACAAAAUUAAUGUAUAAAGAUACAUGUUUUGUUUUUUAGUGCUUUUCCCCAAGGCAUUUAAAGCAUUCUUUGCUGAAACAUAAACUUGCCAUGUUUUGUUAAAGAGAAGAAUGUAGAAACAAAGCACUCGCAAUUAACUGAUCUUAUCAGGGUUGGAUUCUACAUUUUUUAGUUUGCAUGUUGCAGACCAUUUGGGGGUAUUAUUUAAAUAGACUGUUGAUACGUUAAGUGACUGUAAUAUUUAUUGUUUACUUUAGUAAAGAACCAGGAGCUGGACUCUACUGCUGGGUAUCUUCCUUCUGUGCUUAGCAAGAUAACCUCGAUUCCUGCUGGUUCUGUGGGCAUUUGCAGUGCAAAGCAUUUCUUACUGGGUUUGCAAAGCAAGGGUAAUGUGCUGUGUGGGUGUAUGUGUGUCUGUGCACAAUUCUCUCCCUCAUUCCUACUGCCACCUUCUGCUCACUCCCUUUUUCUUAACAAAUUUAUUUUUUUAAUUAUAUAAAUCUUAUUAAAAAGUCUAACAAAUAUCCAAAUCCCCUUUUUCUGUACAGAAACACUAAUAAAAGUUUAAUGUAUUAACAUUCCCCGAGGUAUUUGCAUUUGAACAGGCUACAAAGUCACUGCAAAGAUGGUAACAUUACAGAACUGGUCAUAUCAUUAAGUAGUAUAUACAGGGCCAGUCCCAUAACUCUGUUUACUUGAUGGAAUGGUAAAACAGAGGGGCCCCUGGCUGGCUCAGUCUGUGGCGCAUGCAACUCUUGAUCUCGGGGUUGUGAGUUGGAUCCCCACCUUAGGUGUAGAGAUUACUUAAAAAAUUAAAAAACAAAAAACAAAAACACAAACCAAUGAAGAGAAUGUGAAAACCAAAAGUAAGUUAAUAGAUGUGGUGGUUUUAGGAUUCCAUUGUGUAAAAUGACUAUGGAGAUAGUAUGCUAAAUCUUAGACUCUUUAUACAAAAAAUUUAAUGAUUUCAGGAAGCAAAAUAUGUGGGUGGUAACAUAGAUACGAUUUCGCCUUAGAAACAAAGUAAAUCUGUGAAGCUUUAAAAUGGUUAUAAAUUUUGUGACUACUCAGAAAUGUUUUUCCUAAUUUUCUUUCUUAACAGUGUAUAUGUCAAAACUAUUAAAAGUGGCCUAUCUAGUGUUCUUCAUGAGGACCUUGGCUCAGGAAUAUUUAUUAAGUAUUCUCAUUUUAAUUCUUAUAUUCUAUCACAAUUUCUUUCUGCAAAAUUCUAUCUGGUGAUGUUCUCUAAAGUAUUAGGAGAACCUGGCUGAAAACUUGGUAAGCGGAAAGAAGACCAGCCUUAGUUAAAUCUAUAGGGUUGGCCCACUCGGGUGCUCAAGAAACACUUCCAUGUAGGCACUAGGUGUCUUUAUUGCUCUGGUUCAUGUUUCUUUGCAAAAAGUAAUGUUUUAAGAAAUAAAGUACAAAGACAAAUAGUAUCUAGUAUUUGCCUAUCACUUCAUUUUGAACACCUGUAUGGUGAACCUUCAUAGUAACCAUAACAGUGAUGUUCUUGCUUCACAAGAUGAAACUGAGUCUCAGAGGUUGAGAGAUCUGCCCAAGAACAAGCAGUUUGUGAGUGAAAGAAAGAGCUAGAACCCAGGUCUUCGCUGUUAUAGUCCAGUGACAUUCUUUCGUGCCACAGCUGUCUCCUAAGUCACUCAGUCCCCAAAUGAAAAUGUGGUAAAAGUUACAGAGAGUGAAUUAAGGAGAAGAUUGGGAUUUGUGAGACCUUGAUGAUUUAUAAAACUGAGUGUUAAAAAUUGUUCUUGGGGUAUGUGGGUGGCUCAGUUGGCUAGGCAUUCAGUUCUUGAUUUCUGCUCUCACGUUGGGCUCUGCACUGUGAGCUGCUUGGGAUUCUGUCUCUCCUUCGCUCUCUGCCCUUCCUCUGCUCUUUCUCUCUCUCAAAAUAAAAAAAAUUAACUUAAAAAAAUGGUUCGCAAAAAAGGAAAUGGUUCUCUAAGAUCCUUAAGCCACUAGUGAAUUUAUUUAUACUGCUGGAUUCCAUUUAUCUUAAGUUAAAUCCCCUGGGUUGAGUCCUGCAGAAUAUCCCAGAACCUGAAACAGGAUCUCUCUCAGUCUAUAUGAAACAAAAGAUAAGGAUGAGAAGUGAGGCCUUGCCUAUUGUUGAGACCAGGAUCUCAGGGCUUUAUUUGGCCCUGGGGAUAAUCUGAUUUCUGAUAUUAAAAUCAUUCAAUAAAAAGAAUUAAACUUUUAAAGUUUGUUUACUUUUGAGAGAGAGAGAGAGAGAGAGAGAGAGAGAGCAAGCAGGCACAAGGGAGAGGCAGAGAGAGAGGGAGAGAGAGAAUCCCAAAAAGGCUCUGCACUGUCAGUGCAGAGCCCAACAUGGAGUUUGAUCCCAAGAACUGUGAGAUCACAACCUGAGCCGAGAUAGAAUCAGAUGCUUAACCGACUGAGCCACCCAAGCACCCCCAAGAAUUAAACUUUUUAGAAGAAAAUAAUUAGUAGCUUCCUUUACAUAUAUACUGGGAAUGUUUAGAUAGAUCAAUAGCUUAAAGUCCCAUUAAUUAAAUCAAAACUUUUGUGGAAGAUCAGAAAAAAACUAGAUUGGUAUCCAGAAGCAAACAAAUGAAAAACACUUCAUUGUCAAACCAAAUGACAUUUUGUGACUCUAGUAAUUAUUUGUUCUUCAUCAAAAAAAAAAAGUACCAAUAUUUUUGGUACUCUGUACUCAAGUCCCUAAGUAUAUUUAUGUCAGUGUGAAACUCUUACUGAUUUGGAGUAGUGUUUGAGAUUGUUUAAGAUGGUGUUGGUAAAGUGUAUUAACCAGGGUAUUUAUGCAAUUUAGUGGCAGAAUUUGUAUUUUGGUGUGGCUGGACUAUGAAGAAUUUUUUGCAGUUAUUAUUUGUGUUUCCUACUUACAAUUUAGUCGAUUCAAUAAAGUAAAAUGUCACCUCGGCAUGUUAAUGGCCCUCUCUUAAAAUCUGUAUUGUAUAAUUUUAGUAAGUAAGAACACCCAUAUUUAUUAGUCUAUGCUGUCUAUUUGAACAUGCAUAUAUAUGAAGAUAAAAUUUUCACAGGUAUUCUAAGGAUAAAUCUUUGGAAACAUUGAAUAGAAUAUUAUGGAAAAGCAUUUUUUUGCAGACUUAAAAUUAAACAUGUAUUGAUUCCAAGGCUCUCAUUAGAAGUUAGCUUUAUAACUGACAUGACUAUUUUCUUCUUUCUUUCAAAAAUUUUCUGCCAACUAUCUAAUUCUGUUUAUGUGGGCUCAAUAACAUUACUGACUGGCUUAUUUUGGUGCUUAGUGUAAUAUUAUAAUAUCUAAGAAUGCACCAAAAAAUUAAAACACUGUAAUUAAGCUUGAGACCAGCUCUGAUAAAAGUAUGCCUUCUCCCCAGGGUUCCACCAUUGCUACCACCAUAAGACAUAUUAUCUUAUAUAAAUAUAUUUGACUGCCAUCCAUACGUAUCAUUGUCAGUAUCUUCAUUCAACUAAAUCUAAAUACCCUAGAGAUUGGAUCACUUCUUUCUUUCAUUUAUCCUCAAAUCACCUAAAAGUGUUUUCUCUUCUGAGAUGGCAAUUAAACAACUGCUUAUCGAAUUUGUUCAGUCAUUCUGAUGUCUUCUACUUGAUUUCAGUAAAACAAGAUUUAAGCCUCAAGUGCAGAGCCCUUAGACAAAAAAAGAAAAAUAUAGAUCAUUCUGAUAUGAAGAAUCAUAGUGUUGAUUUGUAGUAUAUGUCACUAAUCUAGAGUUACUGUUCAGAUCAAGUUUUAGGAUUCUUUGAUUUUUAACAUUUUAUAUUCCCAGUUGCUAUCAUGACUGGCAAGAGAAUGAUAAUUUUUUUGCAUGUCUUUACUUGUUUCAGAGGCAGGUUAUCUAAUAAGAAAAUCUACUAAGGAAUUAAAUCACAGACAUGACCAUAUUUUCAUUCACAUUCCUGAGAAUAUCCCUGUCAUCCUUAAUUCAGAAAACAUUAAACAAAAUAUAAUGAAGCUACACCUUAAAUUUGAACUAUUUCUUUUCCACCCAGAUACAUUAAGUCCACAGUCAUUGACUUUGACUUUCAAAAUCCACUUGCUAAAUUACUAAGGUUUUAUUUUAUAUUCUCCUUAUAAAAGAAAAGGUUUAUAUUAGUUACCAGUUGCUUACAUUACCAUUCUUUCCAUUAACGACUUUUUCUUUUGGGAAACUGUUACGGUUUAUUUUUAAUUGUUUUUAAAGGGUUGGAGGACAUUAAGGAUUUAUCAGCACUUCAUAAAUUGAUUACCAGACUCCACGUUUUGCAGAUCAUUUCAUUAUGGAGCCAAAUAUAAAAGGUUGCAUAAGAAAAUAAUUUAGUAACAUUUUUUAUAAUAAAAGUAAUGCAUAUCAUUUUAGGAAGGUUAGGAAGUAUGAAAAAACACAAAGAGAGAAAUUAAGUUAUUUGCAAUUCUUGGGGCACCUGGCUGGCUUAGUCGGUAGAGCAUUCAACUCGAUCUCGAGGUUGUUAGUUCAACCUCCACAUUGGGCACAGAGCUUACUUUAAAAAAAAAUUGGGGGGGCGCCUGGGUGGCUUGGUCGGUUAAAUGUCCGACUUCGGCUCAGGUCAUGAUCUCACGGUCCGUGAGUUCGAGCCCCGCGUCGGGCUCUGUGCUGACAGCUCAGAGCCUGGAGCCUGUUUCAGAUUCUGUCUCCCUCUCUCUCUGCCCCUCCCCUGUUCAUGCUCUCUCUGUCUCAAAAAUAAAUAAACGUUAAAAAAAAAAAAUUGGGGCGCCUGGGUGGCUCAGUCUGUUAAGCGUCCUACUUCAGCUCAGGUUAUGAUCUCGUGGCUUGUGAGUUCGAGCCCCGCGUUGGGCUCUGUGCUGACAGCUCAGAGCCUGGAGCCUGCUUCGGAUUCUGUCUCCCUCUCUCUCUGCUCCUCCCCUGUUCUCUCUUUCUCUCUCUCUCUCAAAAAUUAAUAAACAUUUAAAAAUUUUUUAAAAAAUUAUUUGCAGUUCUACUGCUACUGAUAUUUAAUAUCCCUUGAAGUCUUUUUCGUAUGUUUAGUUAUACACAUAGGAAAAUAUAAUUUAUAUUUUUUAUUUAAGGGGAGAGUUUCAUCUUCAUUCCAAUAUCCAAUCAUGGUCCUGACAUGAAAGUAGUCCCCUGAAAUCACAUUGCAAGGUUGGCAGUGAUGGUCCUUAUCUGUGUACCCAGAAUUUUAAUAUAUAGAAAGAUAAAAUGAGACAACAGCAGGUUCUUUUCUUCCUUUUAAUACAGAAAUGAAGUGUUUUUCCUUUGCCCGCCCAAAGGUAAAAUUGGUCUUCACUGAGACAGGAAACAAAUGUGUGUGGGAAAAGCCUGGACCCUCCAGAGAAAACUUAAUAUGCUUUUUUUUUUCUUAUGUGGCCAAGUUUUAGGAAGAUUUUUAGGAUUUAUUUUCCUUGUGAGGCUUAUAGGAUAAGAUGCUUUUAUAAGCAUAACUGUGGUUCUUUCAUUGGUCUAAUAUACAAAUACCUUGCUUCAAAAAUAACUGAAAAGUUGGGGCGCCUGGAUGGUUCAGUCGGUUAAGUGUCCGACUUCAGCUCAGGUCAUGAUCUCACGGUUUGUGAGUUUGAGCCCCGUGUUGGGCUCUGUGCUGACAGCUCAGAGCCUGGAGCCUGCUUUGGAUUCUGUGUCUCCCUCUUUCUCUGCCUCUCCCCGACUUGUGCUCUGUCCCUCUCUCUCUCUCAAAAAUAAGUAAAAUGUAAAAAAAAAAAAAAAAAAUAACUGAAAAGAAAAAGACUGGGUUGCAUUUAAUGGGGUGGCAGCAAAACACCUGGGGCACCCAUAUCUUGCUCUUAGCGAUGUCUGGGAUUUUUAAGUCAAGGGAGACGUCAUUUAGAACUCACAAGGGCACAUGCCUGCAAAGGUUCGAUGAUCCUGAGACAUAAUCCUUCUGAAAAAAAAACUUUUCAAGAGAAACCCUUUUGGAAAAAAACCCUUUUCUUCCCCCCAAAUAAAAUAGUGAAUUCUCAUACUUAGCAGGAACCAUUCACUUUUCAAAUAAAAUUGAAAAUUUUCAAAUAGUGUUCUCAAUUAAAUAUUUCUCUAACAUUCUUCCUUCUCAUAUUCCUGAAACCAGUUAGUACUUUGUACAGGCAACUGGUCUUCCUAUUGUAGCGUCUCUCUCCUUCUAGAUCCCCCAGCAAUCCAGAUAAACAGCAUCUGCAUGAACACCUUUGGAUCACAAUUAAGUCUCAAUUUUGUCAGUUACUGUGGGAUGUUCACACAAAGUCCUAUAUUUGUUCAUACCCUGAGAAGAUUCCUUUAAAGUUUCCAGGCCCAUUUACUGCUUCAGAUUCUGUGUCCCCCCCCCCCUCCACCCCACCCCUGCUUGUUCUGUAUCUCUCUCUGUCUUUCAAAAAUGAAUAAACAUUAAAAAAAAAUUCUUUUUAAGUUUCCAGGCCCAUUUGGUAUAUGCAGUUGUGUAGUCUUAUAUAAUCCAGUGGCCUUUGCUGAUGGUCAUAGCUAAAGGCACAACACUAUCAGUUAAAAUUCCUCACUUAGGUUAUAUGUCAAAGUUUGGGAAUCUUAUGUCAUGGAGAUUUUAUGUCUUCUUUUUGCCUCAAUCUAUUCUUCUGGCUUUUCAGACUAUCCUUAUUUUUAAAAGUAUUAGAGGUGCCUGGGUGGCUCAGUUGGUUAAGCGUCUGACUCUUGAUUUUGGCUCAGGUCGUGAUCUCAUGGUUCAUGGGUUCGAGCCUGGCAUGGGGCUCCGUGCUGACAGUGUGGAGCCUACUUGGGAUUCUCUCUCUCCCUCACUCUCUGCCCCUCCCCUGCUUUCUUGCUCUUGCUCUGUUUCUCUCUCAAAUAAGUAAACUUAAAAAAAAAAAUUAAAAUAAAAUAGAAGUGUAGUGUUGGCCACUAAAAUCAGGCCCUGCUAAGGGGACUUUGGACAGUCUUUGUACUUCUUAAGAGUAUAGUCAGGUUUGGUGUAUAUUCUUUUGAACAUAAUAGGACAUGUCCUCUGGUCCUACUUCAAGUAAAUACUUUGUUGCCAGGGGAAGAAAUGGGCUUUAGAACCAGAAACCAACUUGAGUUUAAACCCUAGCUCUGUCACUUAACUAGCUCUGAGUUGUUUAACCUCUCCAUUUCUUCAUCUAUAAAAUAGAGAUAGUGACUACUUCAUAGUGAGGUUGUCGAAAAUUAAGUGAGAAAACAUGUUAAACUGACUAGCUCAGGGGUGCCUGGUGGUUCAGUGGUGGUGGUUCAGUCAGUUAGGCAUCUGACUCUUGAUUUCUGCUCAGGUCAUGAUCUCAGGGUUCAUAAAUUUGAGCCCUGCGUCGGGCUCUGCGCUGACAGUGAGGAACCUACUUGGGAUUCUUUCUCUCCCUCUGUCUCUGCCGUUCUCCUGCUCUCUCGCUCUCUC